UCCCUGCUUCCACUCCCUCCUCUGCUCUCUCUCCCCGCGGCUGCCCCAUUAUCCCAGGUCAUCUCCGCUCCCUCCCUCUUCCUCUCCUCCCUCCCAUUUUCCUCCUUCCUUCUCCUCCGCAGGAGUCGGCUGCGCUCUGCCUGGGUCAGCGCUCUCUCCCCCACCUUCCCGGAGCCUGAUGCGCUGAGCCGGGGCCGUCCUGAGCUUGGAGCCCCGGGGCUGGAGGCGGGACCCCGGGGGCCGGAGAACCGGCGAGUCCGGCUGGGGAAAGGGGCCCGGAGGCGGAGCAGCCGGCGCCCCGAGGCCCCGGAGCCCGAGCCCCAGGUCAGCCUCGGGAAGCCCUCGCUCCACCAGGGCCCCCUCCGGCCCGGGUCCCACGGGUCCGGCCGCUUCCUCCGAGCCCUCCGGGGCCUCCCGGGGCGCAGCGGACCAGCGGCCGGCCGACCGCCGGGCGCGUCCAUCCUCCCGGCCUGCCUCCCGUUGCUCCGGCCCCGGCGGCCGAGCGCAGGGCUGUGCGCAAUGAGCAGCUCGUGCAGCAGCUACCUGAACGCCGCCAAGGAGCUGGUGAGCGGCUUCCCCUGCCCCGGGCCCGGCGGCGAGGCGGCCGCCGUCUACUGCUGCGGCUUCCAGGACCACCGCUACUGCUGCGACGACCCGCACAGCUUCUUCCCCUACGAGCACCGCUACAUGUGGUGGCUCAGCAUCGGAGCCCUGAUCGGCCUGUCCGUAGCAGCCGUGGUCCUCCUGGCAUUCAUCGUCACCGUGUGCGUGCUCUGUUACCUCUUCGUCAAGUCCAAGCCCCCCGCCAAGCUGGAGACGGGCUUAAGCCUGCAGGCAGCAGAUGCAGAGCCCCCAUCUUUGGAAGAGUCCAGCCGGAGCGGCAGGGGAGCCGUGGGGCCCAACAGCCUCCGAAGGCACUUCUUGAGCCCCCGGCUAGACUGUGACCCACAGGCCACAGACCCUGACCGCCUCUUUCAGAGGUGCUUCAUCGCUACCGUGACCACUGCAGAUGUCCAGGGCCUCCCCUGAGUCCUGUUCAGGGGGGCUACCUCCCCUCUCUCACCACCUGCCCCCAAUAGCCUCAAUACUGCCGAUCCAACCCAAAGUCUGCUGCUGGGUCAUGGCCUCUGAUGGCCAGACACCCCUACCCCAUUCCUGGCCACUGUGAUUCCAAUAAAAUUCCCUGUUUGUC